AUGCUAACCCUUUAUUGGAAUUCAAAAGGGCCUGUACUGGAAAACUACCCGGAAAAGGGGUGUACGAUCAACAGUGUAAGAUACAGUGCUUUGCUGGUCAACAAACUGAAGAUAGCAAUUCGCAUCAAACGCCAAAACCUAUUGUCGAAGAAAGUUUUGUUGUUGCAUGACAAUUCCCGUCCACACACGGUCGCCCAGACCGUUGAAAGCAUUAACCAAUUAGGUUUUGAGGUGCUAGAACACCCUGCCUACAACCUAGAUCUCACCCUCUUCAGACUAUCAUAUCUUUGGACCGUUCAAAAUGGUUUACGAGGUCGUCGAUUUCCUGCGGAUGAAGACGUGAAGGAAGCGGUGCAUAAAUGGUUGCAUGACCACUAG